CUUUCGCAAGCACACUUAAGCUAUCGGUUAGUGUGCCAGCUCUAAAUUGGCGUUUUUGCCAUCCCUAACGGCGACGCAUCUGUCAAAAUUUCUUUCUUUUCGUUCUUCACGUGGCGAACCCCCGCACAAGCAAGAUGAAACAGAACCCGUUCGUGUCGUCGUCUCGCAGGAAGAACCGCAAGCGCCACUUCCAGGCACCCUCCCACAUUCGCCGGCGCCUCAUGUCCGCUCCCCUCUCCAAGGAGCUGCGUCAGAAGUACAACGUGCGCUCCAUGCCCAUUCGCCGCGACGAUGAGGUCCAGGUGAUCCGCGGCCACUUCAAGGGCAACCAGGUGGGCAAGGUUGUCCAGGCCUACCGCAAGAAGUUCGUCGUUUACGUCGAGAAGAUCCAGCGCGAGAACGCCAACGGCACCAACGUCUAUGUGGGCAUCCACCCCAGCAAGGUGCUGAUCGUCAAGCUGAAGCUCGACAAGGACCGCAAGGCCAUCCUGGAGCGCCGCGGCAAGGGCCGUCUGGCCGCUCUCGGCAAGGACAAGGGCAAGUACACCGAGGAGACCGCUGCCCAGCCCAUGGAGACCGCGUAAAUCCCCGAUUAAUGCUCUUAACUUGGAAUCCGGGACGUCGCUGUUUACUGUUUUUACCGUAACGCUUAGUGUAAAAAACAAAACAUUUGAAAAAAAUCGCGUGUGAGAACGACGCCAUUCUUUACAAUAAAGAAAAAGUUGAUUUUCGCAAAUGGA